AUGUCUUCGCAAGUGACAAGCCAAGUGAAUACGACAAGCGAUGCGGUUGUCGAUCGCGAAAAGAUCUGCCCACUUUUGCUGCGAAUCUUCUGCUCGAACGGUCGCCACAAUGCAGUCAGCGAGUAUGGACGAGGAAGUGUGCCGGCAAACGAGCUUCAAAUCUACACAUGGUUGGAUUGCACAUUGAGGGAGCUCACCUCGCUCAUCAAAGAAGUCAAUCCAGAAGCACGAAAAAGGGGAACGACUUUUGACUUCUCGAUUGUGGCACCGGAUCGCUUUCAGGCUCGCUACUCAAUGCGUGAUAUCGGGAACACGAUGAAUGGAACGCGCGGAGUAAUGCUCGGGCGUUUGGGUGGUUGUGGCCAUCUUGGACCGUUGAGAAGCCGUGUUGUUGGUACAAAUCGAGGAUUGGCUGGUGGGGGACAUGGACAUGGAAAUGAGGGAGAUGCAAAGGUUCAGCGCCAGGCAUACGACUAUCGACCUGGUCAGGACACUUACGCCUACGAGAAUCCCUGGCCCAAGCUGAAUGGUGGACGAUUCGAUUGGCUCUUCGGUGAUGGAUGGCGGCGACCGCUUGCUAAAGAUCAAGGAGCAAAGAUGCGUCGUGAAUGGAUUUGGUUUAGUCAGGUUGCUCAUGAUGAACAUGCCGAUUGGAAACGAUUUCACUCAGUUUUCUUUACAUCAAUGACGUUGUUGACGAUUUGGGUGACGUCUUAUAUCAUCUGGUUCCGCCCCGACUGGCCACAAGCAAAAGAGUGGGCUCUACGAGAAGCACAUCUAGAAAUUGAACGUAGAAGGAAAGCUGGCCUCCCAUUGAUUUCACCUGAUCUACUUCCACGUGACAGAGUGACCGCCCAACUUCCGGCUGAAGAGGAACUCCGAGAUUUCGACGUUCUUAUU